UGGAUCCACAAGAAAUUUUACCAUUCCUCGAAGUAGAUUUUUGCCGCGUGCCGACCAUAUAAAAUCGGAAAAUCCUAGUCCCUCCAUUGCCCGCUUGCCUCUACGGCGCCAUCGCCGUCUUUCCAGUGCGGUUCAAAAACAUGCUUAUCCAGUUACAAACCCUGCCAAAGACUCUAGCUUGGCAUUCUUCUUUGACUCCAAGAGCUUCAUCUAAGCCCCUUGAAGCCAAUCCGGCACCCGUUCGCCUCGCCGCCGCACCCAGCACUAACUCCGGCAUCAAAUUCCAGCAAAAGAUUCUCUACCUCCGAGAACUAAGAGUAAAUCCAUUGAAGGCCCUCAAUCAGAACCCAGAUUUACGAUCUGCCCCUCUAGCUUCCCUAAAAUCAGUAGAAAAUUGCCUCUGCUCAAUGGGUAUCCAGCGUUCCGCCCUAGGCCGCAUUCUCGACAUGCACCCCAGUCUCCUCACCUCAGACCCUUACGCCGACAUAUACCCUAUCUUCGAUUUUCUCCUGAAUGAUGUCAGCAUCCCCUUCCCCGAUAUCAGCCUGUCUAUCGUGCGUUGCCCUAGGCUCUUGGUUUCCAGUUUGGAGACCCGAUUGAGACCCACAUUGCAGUUCUUGGAGGAGUUCGGGUUCGCGGGUCCAUAUAAGAUCACCUCCCAGAACUCCGUGUUGCUUGUUUCCAGCGUUGAGCUCACUCUGAAACCUAAAAUUGAAUACUUGAUGGGAUUAGGGUUCACUUACAUUGAGGUUGUGAAUAUGGUUCUUAGGUGUCCUGGACUGUUAACUCUUAGUAUAGAUAAGAAUUAUAUGCCGAAAGUUGAUUACUUUCUGAAGGAAAUGAAUGGAGAUUUGGAGGAGCUGAAGGUCUUUCCUCAAUUCUUUUCGUUUAGUUUGGAGCGUAAAAUAAAGCCACGCCAUAGGCUUUUACUGAAGUACGGAUUCUCACUCUCAUUGGUGGAAAUGUUGAAGGUCAGUGAUGGAGAAUUCCGUGAGAGGGUUUUAGAUAUGAAGUUGCAGCUGGUGGACAACUGACAGUUGUUAUUGUCUGAUGAAGCCUUCUUUAAUCUUCUUUUGGAUGAUAGUUUGUCUGCAAAGGAUCUUGAGUUCCUCCUUAGUUUUGAUUGUGAUAUGAUUAGUGGUGGGGAGGACUCAGGUGAUACUAGAUCUGUGAAUGGGAGGAAGAAGCUUUAGAUGAAGUGGAGAAUGAAAAUGUUCAAAUUGAUUCUUCAAUUCUCACACCUUCAUUGCGUCCAAAACCUCUUCUCUUCCAUUUUGAGCAUGCUUUUCUAGAUGAGAAUCUUAAAGUCCCUGUUAUUCUUGGAUCGGGCUUGAGCUAUCCCAAGUCAUCCCAAAAAUCAGCAUGUCUUAAUUUACUUAGUGAGCAAAGGGAAGCUCUAAACUGUCUGCGCUUCUUUGUUAUGAAGCAACGGUCAGUCCAUGCAAUUUUGGACGUGAUUUUCAUUAUGGGUCAUCCGGAAACAGUCUCUCUGUGCUUUAGUACAGGGGUAAGACUGCAUAGGUGGGAGCCUUUGCGGCACUGGGGUAAAUGAAAAUGAUGAUGAGCAAAGAGAAACUCUAGCCCGGAAACUUUCUGACAUGAAAGGAAUCAAUGGUCAAGGAGGAGCUCAAUGUGGUGGACGAGUGGAGGCCUAUGGCUUAUGAAAACUCUAAACUCGAUAAAGAGCGCAUCAAAGCCUAUUAUGACCGACAUAUCAAACAAGUUAAGGAGUUUCACGAGGGGUGAUAGGAGAGGAUUUAACAACUGGGGAGCAAUGCCCCCUCCAAGGGCAGGGCUAUUGUGAGGCGAGCAGACUGCAAGGAAGCAAGUUAUCGAAGUCAUCAAACCACGGAAAGAGAUUGUUGAAGGGGAAUGUGAUGUGAAUCUCUUGAAGGUCGUAAUAUUUUCUAUCAGAUGUGAUGAGGCCCUAUUUUUCCAUGGUCUAAACUUGAGGGGUUGCAAAUAUGCCCCAAGAUUAUGGUGGCGGAGUCCAAAAGUUGUGUUAUAAAAAAAAAGGGAAAUCAAAUUUGGAGCAGUUUUUGUCAUAUAAGCAAUCUACCGUUGGAGCAUGUGUACCCACUUUCUUACUUUGGUCUGCCAGAAUUUUUGUGUCAUACUCCCUCUUAACCAUAGGAGUAUAGGACUAAGUCAACUUUUUUUUGUUAUCCAAAAAACUAUGCCAUUUUCCUAACUAAUUAUCUGUUCAAUAGGUUUCCUCGGUACAAACUUUAAUCAUACAAUUUAUUACUUUUCUGUUUUUUCACCUAAUUCGAAUUUUGUAAAGGGAUAGAGGUAAUAUUAUAGUUUUUUUAAUACAUCAGAAAAGAAUAUUAUAGUUGGUUGUAUUUGUUAUUCAAAGCCAUUCAUAUGUUAGUUGACAAUUUUCUUUAGAGACAAGUAUUAUAAGCUACAGGAGUAUACAUAUGCUCAUAUUGAAUCC